UGCCGUGUUGUUGUUUUUCAUAUAUUUUGUUUAGGCUUUGGUUUAAGCUCCUAAUAGUUUAAUAACUGGUUGAGACUUCUAUUUAUUUUGGCACCUUUAUUUUAAAUAUCGUAGUCGUAACAUUUACUCUGUUUUAGCUGCUUCAGUUUGUUUAAUUGUAAGUCAGUAUACUGAAAUAGCAACCUGUUAAAAUGGAUAAACCACAAAUAAUUACUCACCUUGAAAAGGGUAUGAACCACACAUUAUAUGAUUGCAAAUGGAUUCCACGCAGUGCUCGUUUUGUGACACUUGGAAGCCACCCCCGUGGUACUGGUGCCAUUAAUGUCUUUGAAAUAAAUCAAAGAGAACUUCAGCUGGUAAAGGAAUGUGAGACCCCUACUUCAUUUAAGUGUGGAACAUUUGCCGCCUCUUCUCUUCAAGCUAGAAACCUUGCAACUGGUGAUUUCAAGGGGAAGUUAUCAGUGUGGGAUCUUGAGAAUAUGAAAUCUACCUUCGAUGUGGAUGCACAUUCUGAAAUUAUCAAUGCAAUUGAUGGGGUUGGGGGUCUGGGAAUUGGGGAGGGGGCACCAGAGCUUGUUACCGGGAGUCGAGAUGGGGCUGUAAAAGUUUGGGAUGUACGGCAAAAAGAUGCUCCUGUUGCUUGUAUGGUGCCUGAGGAGGGAGAGGGUAAGAGAGACUGCUGGUCAGUUGCGUUUGGUGAUGCGUACAACUCAGAGGAAAGAUGUGUAUGUGCGGGGUACGACAACGGUGAUGUGAAAAUGUUUGAUCUUCGUACAAUGUCUUUAAAAUGGGAGACAAACGUUAAAAAUGGUGUUUGCUGUGUGGAGUUCGAUAGAAAAGACAUUCCAAAGAACAAGCUUGUUGUAAGUUCAUUGGAAGGAAAGUUUAAAGUGUUUGAUGUUCGUACCCAACAUCCAAAAUCUGGUUUUGCAUCUCUUAGCGAAAAUGCUCACAAAUCGACAGUCUGGUUGGUACGCCAUCUUCCACAAAAUCGUGACUUGUUCAUGACCACCGGAGGGUCAGGGUCGCUCUCACUUUGGAAGUAUGAAUACCCACCCAAGCGUGUCAAAGAAGAAGAUGGGGUUUCCAAAGGGGUGAUUGGCUCACUUCAGUAUUUACAGAACUCCACCAUCUCCACACAACCAGUGUGUGGUUUAGAUUGGAGUCCAGAUAAACUUGGAUUGUGUGUUACAGUUUCUUUUGAUCAAGCACUGAGGGUGCUUAUUGUUACGAAAUUAAACAGAGUUUAAAUUUUACAAUUGUAUGUAGAACUUUUGAAAGUAUAACAUGCUGUAUUUUAAAUGUUAUUUUUAUACUUUAAUUUGCAAAACUAGCGAACUCCGCAUUAUGCAAAUCAUUUCAAAACUUUUGUUAAAACCGGUAAAACAACUGAUAAUUUUGUAAUAACUCAGACUUACAGUGCUGCUAUUGGCUGUUUGUGAAAGUUCAGUUUGUUUACAAUUUUUGUAAUAAUUUGAUAUCUGUUGCCUUACCAUUCAUAAAAAUGAAUUUAAUACCUUGGCUCACUGUUUUUGUAGUACUAGUGUUUUUAUGUUGUUUAAUAAACUGAUAAUGAAUUUAAAGUUG